AUGUCUGAUAAAUCAAGUGAACUUUUUGUAUUCAAUGGUAUUGAAGCCUAUUGGGCAAUUGCUCGUACACUACAAAUCAGAGGAGAGUAUAAACGUGCAUUAUACUACUUACAGUUAGCUUUAGAUGAAGAUAAUCAACAUAUAAAAUCGUAUUUAUUGAGAGCUUACUGUUAUAUGCAAUUAUUUGAAUUAGACAAGGCUUUGUCUGAUGUACAAACUGUACUACAAUUUGAAAAGAGAAAUCCUCAUGCAAUAUUAUUACUUGGUGAAAUAUACUAUCUACGUGGUGAUUUUGAAGAAGCUUUAACAUCUUUUCAUCAAGGUCGUAUAUUAAGACCAACUAUUGAAUACUUUUUAACUGGUGUACACAAGUGUGAAGAUGCUAUAAAGAAUUCUUGUACAUCUGGAAGGUUGAAACUUUCACCUCGAUUGGAUUUAACCGAAUUUUAUUUAAAGGCAUUCCCGCCAUCGAAACGAGAUCACAGAAAAACAAGAGUAGUUCGUAAAAUUGUGAAAAAAGAUGAUGAUAUUCUUACCUGGCCUGUUCCACAACCAAAAAUAAUCAGAGACAAAUUAAUGAAACAAACAUAUCCUCAUUAUAGUUAUCUGGAAUCUCUUUUCAAAGAAGAAGAGAGGCGAGAGAACCAAUUCGAAAAUCAACAACCUGAAUUUUUCCCUGAUCUCUUACCUAUACUAAAUCGAUCCUACGAGAAUAAGGUGUCUUCUGUUAACUGUGCAAAUUACCUCAAUCGUCAUACUGACUUAUGGUAUAAACUUAAUCCUCAUGUACGCAAUUCAAAGAAUUAUUUGUAA